AUGGCCUGGCAGCGUGCUCAGCCCGGCCGCGGAGAAUACCCAGCCUACAUGCACCACUUUUACGACGGAAGUCUCUUUCCUCCGUGCCGUCCCCAGCAGGAGAUAUCCGACCCAUCAGUCGACCUACUUUGCAUCAUGUGUGAUGAGCGAGGCAGAAUCCAGUGCCAGUCUUGCCACGCCCCGUACUGCUCCGACACUUGCCGGGCGAAGGACCGAAGCGAACAUGCGAAACUUUGCGACUCAUUCGCUACCGAGUUCACCAACUCCAAUCGGCCCACUGGCUGUAUCAGAGCCCUCCUGUUUCCUGCCCGAGGCAUCAAUCCCAAGCUGGUCUGGGUGCGGAACGAGGGUCCAAUGGGCACACUGUUUAAUGCCGCGAGCGUCUUGGCACAUGAUCUCGGCACGCCGGACAUCGACUGGCACCCCGUCGCGCGGAAUAUCAAUGGCUGCAUACCAUUCCGACGAGCUGGGCAUGGUGUGCGAUCUCUCGGUUGGAAUCAUCUGGCGAUUGAGUCGCUGAACGUCAAUGAGUCUGUAUUGCGGCUGGGACGACCAUGGUUCUCUUUUGUCCAAUACGGGCCAAUACUCUUCGAGGGUUACAGUCGGGUUGUGUCUGAAGACGACCUAAGCCGGCAGGACCUCCGAUCAGAAGACAUCACACCGCGAGAUUUCCGGUCUAUUGUUGAUUUCUUCCUGGACAUGAUGCCGAAUCCUUGUAUCUCUAACCUCGAAAGGUUCCCGUGGUCGUCACGCAACUGCCUGCCUCGGCAAGCGGUGAAGAUUAACUGCGACGGCGACUUGGAACGAUUCCAUUCUUUCGUCAAUGGUCCGCUGUUCCCUAGGUACGAAGAAGCAUGGGUGCCUUCGAGCUCCAUGAAUAGCCCUCGCUGGACAGUGACGUCUAUCCAGCAUCUGGGUCUCCACUGGGUGUGUCAGCAAUGUCUCACCAAUCUCGACUUUUUCAACCUGGACAUGUCAGGGUUGAAGAACGAGCAGGGCAAUAUCUUCCAGGAAUGGUCGUUACGACGCCUGAACCGGUUAUUCUUGGCAGAAGGUAUGGAGCUAAUUGGGGUCGGCAGCGUCCUGGUGAUGUAUGAGAACGGGGCGCCUAUCAAUCGGUUUCAUGUUGCUGCUGUGGUGGACUACAUGAAGGUGGCGGACCGAGCUGGCCUGCUAGGCGAGUCACCCGGCGAAGACGCGGGUAACUAUGCCUCAUCGACGCCGGGAAGGGAAAGGGAGCAGUUUGAGCGCUUCUGGACUCAAUGGUUGGGCAGGGUCUCGGACCAUCAUGAUGUUGGCGGCGUGCAUCACCCUACACACUGGAACGGGAUCCUGUCCCCGUCUUGGAGUAGGCCUGUGCCAAUAGCCUCUAUCUUGUACAUAAGUACUAUCUCUGUCUUUCUCCUGAUUACGAUGCCGCUUGGGCCAUGUGCUUCAAAUGGGAUAAUCGGAUAG